ACGAAUACCUAAAGAGCACAAAUUGGAUCAUCGCGGACCGGUGCGCGCGCGUCGGCAUGGCGGAAAGUGCGUUAAUUAUUUAUUUUCACCGAUCUUUCGCGCUCACACCUUAGUACAAACAGACACCGCGACGGAGACACCAACUAAUUCCCAUAGUAAAUGCCCCAUGUCAGACGCCUCCUCCCCAUGGAUUUCGGUUGUCACGACAAGGAUUCCGGCGAAGUGGAGUGCUACCUCGAAAUACAUUGCGAUACGGGUACUUCUUGCGCUAUCACAAUACAAAUGCCUAAUCCAGAAGCGGUGGGCUGCGUCGAGAGAUUCGCCACUCUGGUGUCAUUUCUGCUGGUCAUCAUCACAUUUCCCUUCUCCCUUUUUGAGUGUUUUAAGGUAGUACAAGAAUUCGAGCGAGCAGUGAUAUUCCGCCUGGGCAGGCUUCGGAAAGGAGGCGCGAGAGGGCCUGGCCUCUUCUUCGUGCUCCCAUGUAUAGACACCUACAGAAAAGUAGACCUCAGGACCGUCUCCUUCGACGUGCCACCCCAAGAGGUGCUGACGAGGGAUUCAGUGACAGUAGCUGUAGAUGCCGUCGUGUACUACAGAAUCAAGGAGCCCCUGAAUGCAGUAGUGCGGGUGGCAGACUAUAGUGCAUCUACCAGGCUCCUGGCUGCGACGACUCUUCGCAACGUGUUGGGUAUGCGAGACCUGGCACAGCUGUUGUCGGAUCGGGAGGCCAUCAGCCACAUGAUGCAGGCCAACUUGGAUGAGGCCACUGACCCGUGGGGAGUUGAAGUCGAAAGAGUUGAGAUAAAAGAUGUCCGGCUACCAGUUCAACUUCAAAGAGCCAUGGCAGCUGAGGCCGAGGCCGACCGCGAGGCCCGGGCCAAGAUCAUAGCAGCUGAAGGAGAGAUCAAGGCUUCAAAGGCCUUAAGAGAAGCAUCUCUGGUCAUGAUUGACAACCCUAUGGCUUUGCAGUUACGUUACCUACAGUCGCUCAACACGAUAUCAGCCGAGAAGAACUCCACCAUAAUAUUUCCGUUUCCGAUGGACUUCCUCAAAACGUUCUUGGGUGGUGGCGCCGGCCCAAGCACCUCGCAUGCUCUACCGAUUUAAUUUAUUUCAAUUAAUUUUAGAAAUAGUAAAAAAAG